CGUAGCAACAGCAAAGCUCUCUCUGCUUCACUGUCUGCAUGUGAAACCCAAUCUGGAACAAAAACAGUUAAUCUUAUGCUGUUUUUCUACGUUUAUUUGACAGCUUAAAUCAGAGACCACCUGUAGCUGGAAAUAAGUGGGUGCCGUGGAAAAUACAUAUGAACCUUCAGGAACAAAUAUUCUAAGUUAUCCUCAGUAAUGAAGCAUAUGUGAAAGGAAACUUCCAUUGAUCAGGUGAAAUGAUGACUACGAAAUCAGCAUUUUGCAUGGUAGUGUGCUUUCUUCAACUUUGCAUUGUCAAUGGGCAGGUAAUAUGUGAGAGACAAAUGAUCACUGAAUGGAGAACAGAACCAAAACCUACCAUAAUAAAAUGGACACCAAGGGAAAAUGUUUGUUCAGAUUUUUACACUGAAUGCUGGAAUAUGAAUAAAAGUAUUACUGGAGAAAUGUCUGAAGAACAUAACCUCAGUAUCCCUCAGAUAUGCCCUUUACAGCUUCAAUUAGGUGAUAGUCUCUUCAUCUCCUCUGAGCCGUCCUUUCAGUCCUAUGGAAUGAAUCUGGUAAAUGUCUCCAAAGAAGAAUUUAUCAAUUGCCCUAAGGCUGGUUUUCUUCAAGAGCAGUUGAUUUUUGUUUGCCAGAUAAGAGGACUGCACCAAGUGGACCCUAACUGGCUUGGUGCUGGAACUCACUACUUUGCAGAACUUCACAAGAGAGGUCCGCUAUUGUGCCACAUGGGCCUUCGUCUGAACGUUACCGUGAAGCAGCAGUUUUGCCAACAGUCUCUGGGUGCACCACUAUGCUCUGGGCAUGGAAAAUGUCUAAGCCACAUCUGGGAGAAAACAUAUAAUUGCCAUUGUUUCUCACAGUAUUCGGGAACGUUCUGCCAGAAGUUUGAUAUAUGCUCCACUAAGCCUUGCCAUAACAAUGCCUCCUGCACUGAGAAAUCAGAACUUUCUGGAGAUUCUUACGAAUGCACAUGUCCUCCAAAAUUUUCAGGUAAAAAUUGCACAGAAAUAGUUGGACAGUGCCAGCCAUCCACAUGUUUAAAUGGUAACUGCAUCAAUGUUACUCCAAACACUUUUUUUUGUGAGUGUGACAAGGGCUUUACAGGUCCAUUUUGUGAGGAACAUGGUGAUCCCUGUGCCUCUCUGCCAUGCCUAAAUGGAGGAAUAUGCCAGUAUAACCAGUCUGGCUAUGAUUGCAAUUGCCCUUCUGGUUUUCUUGGUCACAACUGUGAAAUUGACAUCAAUGAAUGUUCUUCAAGGCCAUGUCAGAACAGAGGUACAUGUAUUGAUUUGCCAAAUGAUGUGGCAUGUAUCUGUAUGCCAAUAUUUACUGGCAAGUUCUGUGAGAAAAUUCUGAAUCCAUGUGAAUUAUUGCCUUGCUUAAAUAACGCAACUUGUGUAGCUCAACAUCAAAACUAUAACUGCCGCUGCAUGCCAGGAUUCACGGGAAAGAACUGUGAGGAAGUAAUUGACUACUGCAGGCUGCUCAGCAUCAACUGUCUGAAUGAAGGAUUGUGUCUUAAUGUAAUUGGAGGAUUCACUUGCCUCUGUGCACCUGGAUGGACAGGAGAAUUUUGCCAAUUUGCGGAAAAUGCAUGUUUAAUUUUCCCAAAUAAUUGUUCUGAUGGAGCAACUUGCAUUGAUAUGAGUCAACUGAGAGAACAACCUUUGUUUCAGUGUUUGUGUCCUCGUGAUUUUACAGGUCCUUUCACCUUAUUAUGGCCCUUCGGAUGCUCUCCAAUAGCUUUAUAUCCAUCUCAUAUUGUGGUGCUCAAAGCAAAAACUGCACUCAGGACUCAAGGAGAAUUCUGCGAGGUAAAAAUUGACAACUGUGGUUCCAAUUCAUGUGAAAAUGGGGGAACAUGUGUUGACUAUGAAGAUAAUUUUAAUUGCACUUGCCCUAUAGGUUUUGAAGGUGAAAGAUGUGAACUCGAUAUUGAUGCCUGCUUAUUCAACAAUAUAAGCUGUGCCCCAGGAGCACUGUGUAUGGAUAAAUCUCAUGGAUUUAAUUACACAUGUUUAUCACCAUGUAUUGGAAACACAGAGGUAUGUAAAAAUGGAGGUAGUUGCUUCUACGAUGAAGAAAAUCAGAGAUCUCACUGUGUCUGUGCUCUUGGAUGGACUGGAAACACAUGCCUGGAGAAUAUUAAUGACUGUGAGAUAAACCAGUGCCAACAUGGAGCCACAUGUGAAGAUGGAAUUAAUAAAUACAGGUGCAUAUGUCCCCUUGGUUACACUGGCACAUUUUGUGAACUUGAUAUAGACAACUGCAUUGGAAACCAGUGCUCUCAAUAUGGAUUCUGCCAGGACCACUUGCAUAAUUACAGCUGUUACUGUGCGCCUGGAUAUGAAGGACCCUUCUGUGAAGUUGAAGUUAAUGAAUGCUCAAGUUCACCUUGCAAAAAUGGAGCUACUUGUAUGGAUUUAAGUGGCCACUUUUCUUGUCAAUGUACUGCUGGGUUCACAGGAGAAACAUGUUCUGUUCGCAUCAGUGAGUGUCAAGACAGACCCUGUUGGAAUGGAGGAACCUGUGAAGAGGACAUAAGUGGCUUCAAAUGCAAUUGCCCCUUUGGUUUUUCAGGCCAGUACUGUGAAACAGAAAUGAACGAAUGUGAUUCAGCUCCCUGCUUGAAUGGUGCUGUUUGUCAGAAUGAUGUCAACAGCUAUGAUUGCUUUUGCCCUGAAGGAUUUGAAGGCCUGAACUGUGAAAUCAACUUUGAUGAGUGCACUUAUGGUUUCUGUAAAAGCAAUUCGACUUGUUUAGACCUGGUUGCAGACUACAGCUGUGCUUGUCCUCCAGGAUUCACUGACAAAAACUGUUCCACGGAUAUUGAUGAAUGUUCCUCCGAGCCCUGUAAAAAUGGAGGCCAUUGCCAUGAUUUGAUUGGUGAAUUUUACUGUAGCUGUUUGCCAGGUUUUACUGGUGACUUAUGUGAAGCUAAUGUUGCUGCCUGCCUGUCACAACCAUGUGGAUCCUCCAGCAUCUGUAAAGAUAUUGUGGGUGGCUAUCUUUGUUUCUGUGCACCUGGCUUUAUAGGCCAUAACUGUGAGAUUGAAGUGGAUGAGUGUCUUAGUGACCCUUGUCACAAUGGAGCUACUUGUGUUGAUCAACUGAAUGCCUUCAGUUGCAUUUGUCAGGAUGGAUUUGAAGGUACAGCUUGUGAAGCAAAUAUAAAUGAAUGUCAGUCUUCUCCAUGUCUUCAUAAUUCAUCAUGUGCAGACCUUAUUGGUGGCUAUAAAUGUAUCUGUCUACCUGGUUUUACUGGUGCAAGAUGUGAAACAGAUAUAGAUGAGUGUGCUUCAUUUCCCUGCAAGAAUGGAGCCACCUGCAUUGACCAACCUGGCAAUUAUUUCUGCCAAUGUGUGGAUCCUUUUAAAGGUUUGAACUGUGAGUUUAGGCCUUGUGAGGCCAGCAAUCCCUGUGAGAAUGGAGCUGUGUGCAUAGAAGAAAUGAAUUUGGACGUUUUUCCCCUUGGAUUCCACUGCCAGUGUGUGAAGGGCUUUGCAGGUCCACGCUGUGAGAUCAAUGUCAAUGAGUGCAGCUCUAACCCUUGCCUCCACGGAUACUGCUAUGACAUUGUCGAUGGCUUCUAUUGUUUGUGCAAUCCAGGAUAUGCAGGACUGAAAUGUGACCAAGACAUUGAUGACUGCAUAGUUAACUCUUGUGAACACAAUUCUACAUGUGUUGACCUACAUCUGAGAUACCAGUGUGAUUGCUUGCCUGGAUGGGAAGGAAAAUUUUGUGAAAAGGAAUCAAAUGAAUGUAAUUCAGAGCCUUGUAGAAACAAUGGCACCUGCACGGACCUUUUCAACAGUUAUCGAUGCACAUGUACAGCAGGAUGGACAGGGCCAGACUGCAGUGAAGAUAUAAAUGAAUGUGAAUCUGAACCAUGCUUGAAUGGAGCCACCUGUUUUGAAUCUGUGAAGCCGGGGCAGUUUGUGUGCAUUUGUCCUCCAUUUUAUACUGGUGACUUCUGCCACCAGCGCUUCAGCCCCUGUGAGCUGCCUUACAAUCCAUGUAUAAACAAUUCAACCUGCUUGGCACAAGUAGAUGGAAAUCCAAUGUGCAUUUGCAAAACAGGAUUUGAGGGCACUUACUGCGAAGUUAACAGUGAUGAGUGCAUCUCCCAUCCAUGCCAGAAUGGAGGUCUUUGUGUGGAUGGGGUCAACCACUACAGGUGCUCCUGCCAACACGGCUUUACUGGGACCCUAUGUGAAGUGGAGAUUAAUGAAUGCUUAUCAAGACCGUGCAAGAACAAUGGAACUUGCCUGGAUCUCAUAAACAGAUUCAUUUGUAACUGUGCACCUGGAUACUAUGGGUCUCUGUGUGAGAUGGACGUAAAUGAGUGUGAAACUUUGCCUUGUUUACAUGGAGGAAGCUGUAUAAACAGGCUUGGAGGAUAUCGGUGUCUCUGUCUACCCGGAUUCACAGGUGAUAGGUGUGAAAUAAAUAUAGAUGAAUGUAUGUCUUCUCCUUGCCUCAACAAUGGAAGUUGCAUCGAUGGCAUCAGUUCCUACAAGUGUCACUGUAAGAGAGGUUUCAUCGGAACAAACUGCGAGAUAAAUGUCAAUGAAUGCUUGCCAAACCCUUGUCUUCAUGGAAGAUGCACAGAUCUUAUUGAUGGUUAUCAAUGCUCUUGUGAACAUGGAUGGACCAGCUCAAGAUGUGAGAUAAAUAUUAAUGAAUGUGAAUCUGCUCCCUGCAUUAAUGGAGGUUCUUGCCAAGAUGCCAUCAAUGCAUUUGUUUGUGUUUGCCUGAGUGGCUACACUGGCAGGUUUUGUGAAGUUGAUGUCGAUGUUUGCAGUGAGCCCACACUGAACUCAGUUCUUUGUUACAAUGGAGGUGUAUGUGUUGAUGGACCUGGAAGAAUGUUUCAUUGCAGGUGUCUUGCUGGAUUUUCUGGACAAUUUUGUGAAAUAGAAGUUAAUGAGUGUAAUUCAUCACCUUGUCUACAUGGCUCAACCUGUACUGAUCAUAUCAAUGGAUACACUUGUAAAUGUCAACAAGGAUGGGAAGGCCUCCAUUGUGAGUUGGAUGUUGAUGAGUGCAUGUCCAACCCCUGCAUACAUGGUAUCUGUGUUCAGAAGGAGCCCAGCUUUGGUUAUUCCUGUUUUUGCAAGCCAGGAUUUGUGGGACGAAGCUGUGAGAUUAAUUACAAUGAUUGUCUUAUAUACUCCUGCUCCACUGGGUUUCUUUGUGUUGAUGGAAUAAACAAUAUCACCUGUUUACCUACUAUGCCCCAAAGCAAGAAAAUUCUCAGUGAAGUGGCUGAAGUGUUUCCUGCUGAAAUUUCAGACAAUGACCUUCCAUCCAUGUUGGCUGUGUCUAUGGAACUUUGGUCUAAACAGGUCUCUCCUGAUUUACAUGCAGGAGAAGUAUCCCAAGAUUUUAGUUAUGCUUGGUACUAUGGCGAUUCUUACCUGGAAUUUCAAGGCUUACAUUUGAAUGUGCAAAAUUUCAUCCUCCUGGAAUUUAAGACCUAUGAUCCUCAUGGACUCCUCCUAAAUAUUGAACAGAACCCAGAAACAAUGCAACAUUUUUUAAUUCGACUUGUCAUCAAUAAUAGUACUUUGCAGUACCAGUACGUAUGUCAUGAAGCAGAAGUCAAAAACAUCACUACCACUGCUAGAGUGGACGAUGGACACUGGUACAGUGUGCAGAUUAGGCAAGGCAUGGUACCAUGUGAAGCAGAAAUGUCAAUCCUGAAGUUAUCUUCAAAUACAAGUGUAACUAGAAAUUUCUGGUCUAGUUCUUAUUGGCUUGAAUCAGGAUCCAUAUUUGUUGGUGGUUUGCCUCAUCCUUAUGCAGAAAAACAGGUUUCUGGACCUGUCUACAAUUUCACUGGCUGUAUAAAAGUCGUACAAAUCAAUAACGUCGGACCUUUCAGCUUCUCUAAUGCUGUGGGAAGAAGUAAUGUUGACAAUUGCAGAGUCUCUUUACCCACACGUCUAUCAGCAGCACUCCCUGUGGUUUCUUCUGAUGUGCCUCACUUGCCUGACCCUGGUGUGCCCUCUCAGAUUUCCCCUGCAUUUCCAUCUGUGUGCCAGGAAGGACUGUGCCAUAAUGGAGGGACUUGUCACCCUCUCUCUCUGCCUACUGGGGCCACCUCGUUCCAGUGUGACUGCCCACUACAUUUCACUGGGCGAUUCUGUGAAAAAGACAUAGCACUGUUUUUUCCAUCCUUCACUGGAAAUUCUUAUUUGGAACUACCUUCUUUGACAUCCGUAUCUGAUACCAAGACUGCAUCUGGGGAGGAAACAAGCAAUCUGACAACUCUGUACUUGACAGUGAAAACAACUGCUCUAACUGGCACAAUUCUUUACACUGGUGAAAAAAAUUUUGGAGAGCAGUUUCUUCACUUGUAUCUUGUGGAGGGAAGACCAACAGUUCGAUUAGGCUGUGGAAACUCUCAGAACAUUCUGACUGUAUCCCUGAACCAAUCUGUCAGCAAAGGUUUCCUUGUCCCUAUCACAAUAAGCUACAUGUUGCCUGUGGGCAGUCCUGAAGGUUACUGCAUGAUUGAAGUGGCUGCAGAUGGAAACUCCCCUGUACAGCACAGACUUUCCUUCUCACAUCGAGCAUCUCAGAUCAGCUUUGGAUCAAUCUUCCUUGGAAAGGUUCCUGUUCAUGAGGAGGUUCAUCAUUGUGCUGGGCAGAUACAUGGCUAUAAAGGAUGCAUUAGAGAUUUUCAAGUUAACCACAAAGAGUUGUUCAUCAUAGAUGAGGCUCUUGAAGGAAGGAAUGUUGAGAACUGCAAUGUUCCAAUAUGUGAUUAUCAUCCAUGUCACAAUGGUGGAACCUGCACUAGUGAUGAAGAAAACUGGUAUUGUGAAUGCCCUAAACUCUACACUGGAAAACUCUGCCAGUUUGCAACAUGUGAUGAAAAUCCAUGUGGAAAUGGUGCUACAUGUUUUCCAAAGUCCAGGCGAGAUGCUGUUUGCUUGUGUCCGUAUGGAAGGUCUGGCAUCCUCUGCAGUGAUGCUAUUAAUAUUACUCAACCAAGUUUCAGUGGCACAGAUGUCUUUGGCUAUACCUCAUUCCUAGCUUAUUCUACAAUCCCAAAUAUCACCUUCUACUAUGAAUUUCGCUUGAAAUUUCAUUUGGCAAACCACCAUUCAGCUUUACAAGAUAACCUGAUUUUUUUCACUGGACAAAAGGGCCAAGGUCUGAAUGGAGAUGAUUUCUUGGAGUUAGGCCUCCGUAAUGGGAGAGUGGUAUAUAGCUACAAUCUAGGUUCUGGCACAGCAACAAUCAUUAGCAAACCACUUGAUUUGACACUCAAUAUUCAUGUCAUCCAUCUUGGCAGAAAUCUCCAGAAAGGCUGGCUGAAGGUGGAUGAUCAGAAGAAUAAAACUGUCACUUCUCCUGGGAGGCUGGUUGGACUCAAUGUCUUCAGUCAGUUUUAUUUAGGAGGCUAUCGUGAAUAUACUCCAGAACUCCUACCAAAGGGACCCAGAUUUAAGAAUGGCUUUCAAGGUUGCAUUUUUGAUGUUCAAGUUCGCACCAGCCUUAAUAAAGGGUUCAAAUCACCAGGAACUCCAGAAGGACACCCCAAUUCUGGUCGCAGUGUUGGACAAUGUAAAGAUUCCCCAUGCAGUUUAAUAAAAUGCAGAAAUGGUGGCAAGUGCAUAGAAAGUGGCUCUACUGUUUACUGUGACUGCCUCACUGGAUGGAAAGGUGCAUUUUGCACAGAAACUGUGUCAGUGUGUGAACCUGAGCAUGAUCCUCCACAUCGGUGUCAGCAAGGCAGUACCUGUGUGCCACUGCCUAGUGGUUACACAUGUCACUGUCCUCUUGGAACAACUGGUACCUACUGUGAACAAGAUAUUUCCAUUAGUGAUGCAUCCUUCAGAAAUAAUGAAUCAUCAUGGAUGUCAUUUGCACCCUUUUAUAUCCGGUAUAAGACCCAUAUAAAACUGCAGUUCCAGCCUCUCUCUCCAGAUGGUAUCCUGUUCUACACUGCACAGCGUCUGGGUACUCACUCAGGUGACUUUCUAUGUAUAUCAUUAGUAAAUGGAUUUACACAGUUACGCUACAACCUUGGAGACAGAACAGUCAUCCUACAGACCCUUCAGAAGGUCCACACAAAUGGAAAUACAUGGCACUUACUCAGUGCAGGAAGAGUUGGUAAUGAAGGCUACCUGGACCUGGAUGGGAUCAACGUUACUCAGAAAGCUAGUCCUGGAAUGAAUGCACUAGACACACAUUCAGAUUUUUUUGUUGGAGGGGUAUCCUCCUUAAACCUUGUUAAUCCAAUGGCAAUAGAAAAUGAGCCCACAGGUUUCACUGGUUGUAUUCGAGAAAUUGUUAUAAACAACAGGGAACUGAAUCUUACUGUGACUGACCCCAAGGGUGGAGCCAACAUUGGUGACUGUGAUGGAACAGAUUGUGGUUACACUGUGUGCAAAAAUAAUGGAACAUGUCAAGUUGGAAACUCAGGCUUUUCUUGUUCUUGCCCAAGAGACUGGACAGGGACCAAGUGUGAACAAUCUAUUCACUGUUCACAAAACAUGUGUGGGGCUCACGGGCUUUGUAUUCCUCAACCUUCUUCAUUUUCAUAUUCCUGUGCAUGUGCACUAGGCUGGACAGGUAAGUACUGUGAUAACAAAAUCAAAUUUUACAUAGCAAAGUUUGUUGGUAACUCCCACAUUAAAUACACAGAUCCUUUUUAUGGAAAAAGAGACCUCCAGUACAGCCGCCUUUCCUUAAAUUUUACUACUAAUCAAACUGAAGGCUUAAUAGCUUGGAUGGGAAAAAGUGAAGAUGAAGAUAAUGACUUCCUUGCCAUUGGUCUUGCCAAUGGAACUUUAAAAGUUGUGAUUAAUCUUGGAGAAAGAAUCUCUGUUCCUCUAAUUCAUAGGAAGUAUUUAACCUGUUCUGAUGGAAGAUGGCAUUUCACAACUGUAGUUCAAAACCAAACUUGUAUUAAGGUUUAUCUUGAUGAGGAACUAAUCCUUUUCGAAGACAUUGACCCACAAAGGAAAUACACUGCUUUAAACUAUGGUGGCAUUUGCUACUUUGGUGGGUUUGAAAUUGGCAGGAAAGUCAAUAUAGUCACUACAGGGCUUUUUACGGAAGAAUUCAUUGGUAAGAUUAAAGAUGUAGUGCUCUUCCAAGAUUCUAAAAAGAUUCAGCUAAUGAAAGCAGAAGGAUACAACAUUCAUGAUGGAAAUUCUGGAAAUUAAUUGAAAAAACUGUCCGAGACUCUUUUAAAAAGGAUAAAAUUCCUAUUCCUCCUGUUAAUUGUGUUAGCUGGCAGUGUAUGACUCAGCAACCAACAUAGGAAAGCACUUAAAAACUAGUAAGGGACAAGUUUAUGUGGAGUAUUAAUAACAUAUACAUAUAAAGUAUGAUCAAUUGUUUUCCUCCUAGAAUUAUUUAUAUAUACUUUUUAGCAUUUACUUUAAAAUAAUGGGAAAGUCUGAAGGGUUUUUUUCUUUAUUGUGCUGGAAAUAGCACUGUAAAAAAAGGGUAGGGACUAGCUUAUAAAGCCAACCAUCAUUCAAGUGUUGUUUGUUGCUUUAUGAGAACAGAAAACUGUUACCUGUUUCUUUAACUCUUGAAUAUUAUUAAAAUGUUUCUUUUCUAAUGUUAAGGUCUAGUCUAAAAACUGAAAUUGGUGGGGGAAGAAACAGUGUGCUUGAGGCAAAACCCACAUUUAUUGUAAUGAGAAUUUUUAAAAAUGCAACAGCUAUAAUUACUUGUUAAGCCCACAAAGACUCUAAUCAGGCAAUGAAGUUGUUCUCCCUCCCUUAUCUGUCUCCAUCCUGUAUGUAUAUAUGUAAGAGGGUAGAACUCAAGCUUCUCUUAAGUCUGCUAAAAUAUUACUCUUAAAGAAUAAUUUUAAGAACAAAAAACAUACAUCAUUUUAGAGAGGAAACAGGCCUCCUCGUUUUCUCCAGCAGAGGUCUCCCCUAUUUGACCACAUGAAAACUUUUGGCUUUAAUGAUUUAUAACUGGAAUGUGGCAGUCUGCCUAGAAGUAACUCUUAUUCUUAAGACCUUAAAAAGUCCAAGAACUGUUCUACUUUAUGUACACCUUUCUGACUUAUAUUGCCCUAAAUGGCAUUUCAAAAUUUUAUGAGUACAGAGGUUUUGGUCAUAGUAAACCAAAUUUCUACAAAUAUAUUUUUCAUUAAUUGAUAAUCUCAAAAAUCAUUAGAGCUGUUCAUACACAAAUACAAAAAAAUCAAUUCCUUCUCAUAAAGCUGUGUUGUAUUCUACUUUAGGAAGCAAUAAAGAAAUUAAAAUUCUAUCUUAAUGUGCUUAUACCAAUAAUGUACGAUGGCAUCUACAUUUAUCAUUUGACUGCUGGCUUACUAAAUAAGUAAAAUUAUUAAAUAAAAAUAAUAGUGAUUGAUUAGUAUCUUUUCCUCUUUCACUUUACUACUGUUUAAAAGCACAUAGCAAAUUACCUCCUUGCAUGGAAACUGAAUGCAAGCCUUCAGCAUGCACCUGUCAGAAACAAUAACUAUUUUGGGGUGGAGGGGGAAGUGAGGAUGGGGUCUGUGUUAUGGAGCAAAGGCCAUAAGCACCUAAAACUACGUGACACACACUUGCUUCCACAUCACCACACUUAACCUGUAGCAAUGAAAGCACUGUCAAGUCAGUUACAGGUGACUUAAAGAUAAGUAAUGUGCAUGGGAGCUACCCUAGGACGUUUUAUUAAGCAUCUGCAAACAUCUUUGUGAGGUUCAUUCUAUCUUCAGCUGCUCUGAGCCCCCAUUUGAUCAGCCUGAUGCAACAGAGCUUCUGCAAUU